GCGCGCGACACCCGCCACUCGGCCAUGUCCGCGGAGGGCGCGGGGCCGGGGCCGCAGCCGGGGCCAGGGCCCGAGCCGGGGUCCGAGCCGGGGCCGCUCUGCCCGGAGCACGGCCAGGCUCUGGGCUGGUUCUGCGACUCGGAGCGACGGCCCGUGUGCGCCGCCUGCGCGGAGCCGGGCGGCCGCUGCCGGGGACACCGCAUCCGCCGGGCGGAGGAGCGCGCCGAGGAGCUGCGGAACAAGAUUGUGGACCAGUGUGAGAGGCUGCAGUUACAGAGUGCUGGCAUCACCAAAUAUGUGGCCGAGGUCCUGCCAGGGAAGAACCAGAGAGCAGUGACUAUGGCCAGUGCAGCGAGGGAACUAGUUAUCCAGCGGUUGAGUCUGGUGAGGAGUCUGUGCGAGAGUGAGGAGCAGCGCUUGCUGGAGCAGGUGCACCGCGAAGAGGAGCGGGCCCACCAGAGCAUCCUGACACAGCGCGUGCACUGGGCCGAGGCGCUGCAGAAGCUUGACACCAUCCGCACCAGCCUGGUGGGCAUGCUCACCCACCUGGAUGACCUCCAGCUGAUUCAGAAGGAGCAGGAGAUUUUCGAGAGGACCGAAGAAGCAGAGGGCAUUUUGGAUCCCCAGGAAUCGGAAAAGUUAAACUUUAACGAGAAGUGCACUCGGAGUCCACUACUGACUCAACUCUGGGCAACAGCGGUUCUUGGGUCCCUCUCAGGCACAGAGGACAUACGUAUCGAUGAGAGGACCGUCAGCCCCCUCCUGCAAUUGUCAGACGAUCGACGGACCCUGACCUUCAGCGCCAAGAAGUCCAAGGCCUGUGUAGAUGGCCCAGAGCGCUUUGACCACUGGCCCAAUGCCCUGGCUGCCACCUCCUUCCAGGCCGGGCUCCACGCCUGGAUGGUGAAUGUCCAGAACAGUUGUGCCUAUAAGGUGGGCGUAGCCUCAGGCCAGCUGCCCCGCAAGGGUUCUGGCAGUGACUGCCGUCUAGGCCACAACGCCUUCUCCUGGGUCUUCUCUCGCUAUGACCAGGAGUUCCGUUUCUUGCACAAUGGGCAGCACGAGGCCCUGGGGCUGCUGCGGUGCCCAGCUCGGCUGGGCGUGCUGCUGGACUUGCAGACUCAGGAGCUGCUCUUCUACGAUUCGGCCUCGGGCACGGUGCUCUACACUCACCAUGCACCCUUCCCUGGGCCCCUCUUCCCAGUCUUCGCGGUGGCUGACCAGACCAUUUCCAUCGUCCACUGACCUCUGGCCGCAGGAAGGCCAGGUCCACCUCCCCACCACCCUUUCAGGCCAUGUUUCUAGCCACUGUCCUUUUCCCAAACGAUGUGUGUGGGGUUUCUAAGGGAAACAGGACCCAGGCCCAGUGGGCAGCUUUAGGAGGGGUGGGAGUCUGUUUCAGAUCUGGACCCAACCUUUAAAUACUGGGUAUCUGUGUGGAACCUGCCACUCCCUGGGCCCCAGUCUCCCAAGUCCACCAGGCACCUGCCCCUCCGAGGGUGUCUGGUUCACCACUUUAUCUCUGGCAUCCAGCAUGGCGCCUGGUGCGUAGUGAGCAUGUAAUAAAUAUAUGGCGAGUGAGUGGAUGGAGGGAUGGGUAGGUGAGAGGAUGGAUAUGGUAGUCUCCGGAGAGGCUCUGCCUUUCAGGCCCCUGCCCCCGGCUUGAUGCGUGUAGAAGUGGUUCUCUGGCAGAGAAG